GACCAGGCCUCCUGCACCUUGACCCGUCUAGACGCCGCACGAGGUUUUGUCUCGGUUUCCAAGGGCGCGAGGUGCUCUUUGACCCGCGCCCGGGGCGUAGGUGGUGGCACAGAGCCCGGCGCGCCCCGGCAGGUCCCGGAGGGAGAGGGGGUGCCCGGAACGCGCGCCAGCUGUUCCCGGAGCAAGCCCGGGCCUGUGGGCGCCCCGGGUCCCACUCCCAACGACCACCUCAGCGUAGACCCGGCACAGCCGCCGCGAGAUGCCCGGAAGGCGAGGCGAGCGGAACGACGUGGGAUGGGCAGAAGCGUGACUUCCCCACAGAACUGUUGCGUUCACGACGCCCCGUCUCCUCCCAUUUUCUGUGCUUCAGCCUCUACUCAACAACUUUUUAAUAUGACCUCUAUAAGUACAGUUUCUAUAUUGUUCAGUUUCUUACUGCCCGCUGUCAAGCAUGUUAUUUUCUUGCUAGAAUUUAAGCUAGCUUUAAGGUUCCCCUGGCCCAGUCUGAGGCGUUCCUCGUGGACCUUUUGGAUAAAGUGUGUAUGCGAAUGAACGAUUACCAGCUGGAGGAUGAUCCAGUGACCAAACAGAAGUAUUUCAGGAGAUACGCUCCGAGAAAGGGAGACAAAAUAUACAAAGAAUACAAAAAGUUCUUCUUUUAUUCUGAUGCCUUCAAACCUUUGAAAUUCGCGUGCGAAGCCAUCAUUGAAAAGUAUGAGGAUGAGAUAUUUGCACUUAUCGCCCAGGAGGCACACCAUCUAGCUGACAUGCUGUGUAGCGAAAAAUCAGAUCUAUGUGGCACUCCAGUCAAUCAUCCUGAGCCCUAAGAGUGAGGAGUGGAGCCAUAGCCCUAAAGGUCACUGUGUGUCUCGUGUCGUGUGACUGCCAUGAUAAGAAAUUCCAUCUCAUGUCUGCUGGACUCGUCUCAUGCCUGAUAUUGGUUUGAAAAUCUCUGGCUUGGCAUCAUGACAAACCCCAAGUCUUCUCUUAGGUGAAAAGAAGUUUAUAAAACUGAACACCCCUUUGCAUAUUUGCAUGGAAGCUGGGCUGGCAAUAGAGCAUUAAAUUUUGCUGAGGGAGAAAACGGCAAAGCCAUUUCUUGAAUUCAGUAGGGAUUUAAGAGUGGGUACGAGUGUCUCGUAGCAAAUGUGCCUGACACUUCCGUAUACAGUUUGCUAUUUGGAAGGAACUUGGUUUGAUUUCUCAAAUAGUUGAUUGACCACAAAUUCAGUGCCUUCAGUUGCAAGUAAUAUCGUGGCUUGGCUAUUCUGGGAGGUUCUGUAUGGUACUUGUAAAGCCACUCUUCUCAAUCAGGAAUGGGGCUACAGAUCUGGAGACUCUUAAAUUUUAGGACUUUAUCCUUAAGAUUCAGUAGAAUAAGCUGGGUAGUGGUGGUGCACGCCUUUAAAUCCCAGCACUCGGGAGGCAGAGGCUGGUGGAUCUCUGUGAAUUUGAGGCCAGCCUGAUGUACAGAGCAAGUUCCAGGACAGCCAGGGCUACACAGAGACCCUGUCUCGAUUCCUUCCCUUCCGCAAAAUUCAGUAGACUAGCUAAAAGAGAGUGAGUAGCUAGUGCCACCGUGAAUGGCCAUCAUGUCAUCUUUCCUAAUUACGCUGUGAGUUCAGAUGAUUGCAAAGGUUACCUCGUAGUGGGUUUCAAAAGCUACAGUGCUGAAUGUUUUUGUCUUGCUUGAAUCUCUCUUGGUUUGUUUUCUCUCACUAAUCAUAGUGUGUAGAUUUUCCUACAGGCUGAUUUCUCACUCUUCUAUGGGACUUUUAUUUAUGUAUUUAUUUUUGGAUGUGGAAGGAAAUUCAUCUCUACUACACUUACUGUAACGAAAUAUAGUACUCCUGCAUGUUCUCAUUGCCUCUGCUAAAUUUGCAUUCAGUAGAAUUGAACUUUAAUUAUUCAGUGUAUGAGGGUACAGGUUAUACCUGUUUAAUUAAUAAAAUUUUCAUCACUUGCUUGGGUAACAGGCAAAUUUUGUACUGGAAGAGCUAAAAUGGUUGUUUAUAAAACCAUCCAGAAAAUGCACUAUUGAGGUCAUUUACUUAGGCUCUUUGGCCAGAAUAAUCCUUACAUUUGCAAAAAUUUACCAGAAUGAAGGGAAGAGAUUUCUAUUUUCCCUCCCCCCUAGUCUUAAGCCUUAACGUGACUGGGAAUCUGGGUAAGUGUGCUUUUGCAGUGUGUCUGUGACUGCCGGUGUUAUAAACCCUCUGUAACCCUGUGAUUCUGUGCUCAGACUGUAACCCUGAAAAUGUAAUUUAAAGCCUAGCCUGAGCUAUAGUGGGAGAUGUCACAAAGUGGGGGAGGGGUCGUCCUUGUCCCUGUAUCUUAUUUCUGUAGCCUGUAAGAUUAGCCUGGCCUUUGAGAUAGGAAGUCUUUUUUUCUUACUUGAACUUUCUUGGUAAGUGCACACUAGGACACUGUUUCCUAAAAUUCACCUUCAUGGGCACAGGCUGAGAAGGCGACUCUAAAGAGGCUUCCCAUUUUCAGGCUCGUGUUCACCUGCGGGGGUCUUCAUGCAGAUGUAUGGCCAGACUCUUCCUUCCCAGUUUUUCUUGGAUUUCUCACCAAACAGGAUCUUGGAUCUUACAAUGGUUUUGGUAUCUCAUGGCCAUUUUUUUUCAUAAUUCUUUUUCAUAUCAAGCUUGUUGAGCUCACGUAAAUGCAUGUAGCUUACUGAGUUGCUGAUUAAACCUCAGUUCAGCGGAGAGUUACCCAGAGCCCUGGGUCUCCCUGCUUGCUUCCUCUGAGGAGCCUGCUUUGCCAGGGAAUAGUAGUAGGACAGAGAAGCUGUGUUAGUUGGCCACUCUCCUGCCUUUAAAAUGACACCAGAAUAAGAUGAAGGACCGGGGAGAGCCACUACCACCACUAAAAACAACAACAAACACCCAUGCUGCACAACGAAGUUUCUUAGAGUUGACAAAAAUCAAGCUAUAUGGAGGUCAAAAAAUAAAUAAUAAAAAUAUUAAAUUCAUAGGAAGGGAGGAUCAAUAAUAAAAGGCAGGAAGAGGAGACAUGUUAGGGCCUCCUUGGAAGCAUCACUUGAGCCUGGAUCCUCAAAACCCGCAAACCCAAUCGACCAAGACAAGAUUCUUAUCUUUGUUCUGCAGGUCGCUAUUUGCUAAGAACAAGCCAAGACUGCUGAACCUGUUUCACUAGAGAAUACAGAGUAGAACUGAACCAAAGUCCCAACAGGAAACAUCAACACUUAGACAAAGUCCUAGGACAUAUUCAAAGCACGAGCUCAGACUUACGUUUCUCAGCUUGUAUUAUGUUUAUUCUUACUGGUAUAGUUCGAUGUAACAAGAGAAGUUUAAACUGUUUUAUCAGUUGUGAAAGAGAUUUUGGUGGGAUAUUGGGGGAAAGUCAAUCUUUUAUGCCUGUGUGGUCUUCUUUUGAGCUUGAUACAAACUUGUGAGCCAAUUGUGAAGAGAUGGCUCAGUGGUUAAGGGCACUGGCUGCUCUCCCAGAGGUCCUGAGUUCAAUUCCCAGCAACUACAUGGUGACUCCCAACCAUCUGUAAUGGGAUCUUGGUGUGCGUGCAUAAAGACGCAUCACUCAUGUACAUAAAUAAAUACUUAAGACAGAAAUGUUAAAGGUCAAUCAGCAUGUAGCACCAUUUGGUUCCUAGACACAGUGAAGAAGUACAGUAAAUUAUUGCAAUAAAAAUAUACUUGUGA